AUGCGUGUCCAACAGAUUGCACUCGCUGAUUGCCAAGAUCACGAGGCCAUUCUACUUUCAUCAUAUCUCCGAGAUAUACCUGACGCGCUGACGCGCUGGCAAGCCAAGCGUGUUCUCCUUGUUGUCAGUAAGAGUCUCGACACAGCCACGGAUGUAAUCCAACGACUUGAGAUGCGAUUAAGGGCAUACAAAGUGCUCAAAAAAACCGGCAUAGGCAAGCACUCGCCUUAUGCAGAUGUGAUCGAUAUAGCAAAUCUUUUGCAGACGCAUUGUAUUGACGUGGUCGUCAGUGUUGGCUCCGGUUCAUACUCAGAUGCAUGCAAAACGGCUCUGAUGUUAGCCACUACUCUGCCCCCGGGUUUCAAUACCAACGAUGUCGAAAUGCUAGUGGACCCUAUCACGGGACUGGCGAGCUCACUCCAAGCGCCGACUACAAGAUUGAUAUGCGUACCCACUAGUCUCAGUGCAGGCGAGUGGAGCCAUUUUGCAAGUGCGACUAAUCCACAAGGCAAAAAGCAGCACUUUACUCAUCCUUGUGGGGCCCCCAGUCUCAUUCUGUUGGAUCCUCGCGUCGGUGCCACUACUCCUGAACAUUUGUGGCUGGCAUCCGGGAUGCGUGCUGUCGAUCAUUUUGUUGAGGGUUUGUGCUACCCUGGGUGUCCUAAGGAAGCGUGGGAAACAAUUACCUCAGGACUGCGGAAUAUGCUGUGUGGUUUGCGGGAGUAUCGCACCAAUCGCAGCUCCAUGGAUGAAGCCAAACUUCUUCACGGAAUCUCAACUUGUCAACUAGCGGCUCGCGAAGCACUGGUGCCAUUUUUGAGAUGGGGAGUGCGUUUCGGUGCCAGCCACGCAAUGGGACAUCAAUUGGGAAGUGUCGCGAAUGUACAGCACGGUAACUAA